CUGGGUCCUGCCCCUCCUAAAUGCUGUGGGGGCACGGGGCCCGCUGGGGGCAGCACAGACCCCGCGGGGGUGGCAGGCACCCCACGGGGGAGUGCAGGGACCCCGUGUGGGGCUGUGAGGGACACCCUGGGAGGGUGGAGGGACACUGAGGGGGACAGGGACCCCAGAGUGGGGCACAGGAACCGGAGAGGGGCAGGGAACCCAUGGGAAGGCGGUGGGACCCUGUAGGGGAUUGCAGGGACCCCAGAGAGGGGUCAGGGACCCCAUGGGGGGAUGCAGGGACUCCAUAGGGAGGGCACAGACCCCAUGGAAGGGGGGCAGGCACCCCACAGAGCAGUGUCAGGGUGGUUUUGGGGACCCCAUGGGAGGAUGCUGGGACAUGGCGGGUGUUUUAGGGACCCGAUGGAGGAUUUAGGGGCCCUGGGGAGGGUACCCCUGGGGUGGGGUCAGAAGGAGACUCGCAGUGACCCCAUGGGGGAAGGGGGGCUCUUCGCCGUCCCCCAGGUUUGGGGGCCCAUGGCAGAGCAGGACUGGGCGCUGGAGCCGGGCUGGCUCCUGUCCCCCGCCGGCCGCCCCUACCUGGACUCCAUCCUGCACAAGAACCGGCGGAGAGUGUUCGGAGCGGCGUCGGCAAGACAGCGCUGGUGGCCUGGCUGGGGGGGACCCCCGCGCCCCCCGCCCACCACGAGACCCUGGGGAUCCAGGCCACCACGAGACCCUGGGUACGGCGGGGGGGCACCCGGGGGUGACAGUCCCGCUGUCCGAGGCCACCACGAGACCCUGGGCAUCGAGGCCACCACGCUGUUCUGGCCGGCCAAGCCCCGCGGCAGCGGCCGCCCCGUCCUGUUCCAGCUGCACCUCUGGGACUGCGGGGACGGAGCGCUCAGGAAGUUCGAGCACCUGCUGCCCGCCUGUAAGGAGGAGGCGGACGCCGCCCUGUUCCUGUUCUCCUUCACGGACCGCGCGUCCUUCGAGGAGCUGCCAGCGCUCAUGGGCCGCGUGCUGGGCCCCGGGGACCGCCACCUCGUCAGGGUGGUCGUGGGCACCAAAUUCGACCUGGCCCCGCACGCGGCAGUGACGGAGGGGGACGUGCGGGCCUUCGAGGGGGCGCAGGGGCUGCGGGUGCUGCGGGCAGGGGGCUCCGCGGGGGCCGGCGGGGCGCGGCCGGGGCUGGCCCGGGUCGCCCCCGUCCUGGACGCCCUGGUCGAGGAGCUCUGGCGGCGCGACCAAGUGACCGCCGGGGUCACCCCGGGGGACACGGGGGACACCCCCACCUGAACCCCCUCUUGGGGCGGCUUUGGGGGGUGGGAGGGGUAAAACGGUGGUUUUUUGCUAAAAUCAGUGAUUUUCUAUGGAACAGAUCA